AUGAAACCUCUUCUCUUUCUUCCAAAUAUCUGCAAUGCUUUCUUUCUUUUUCACCUAUAUAUAGUCUUUUCUUUCAAAUAUAUGAAACCUCUUCUCUUUCUUCCAAAUAUCUGCAGUGCUUUCUUUCUUUUUCACCUAUAUAUAUCUUUUCUUUCUCUUUCUUUCAAAUAUAUGAAACCUCUUCUCUUUCUUCCAAAUAUCUGCAGUGCUUUCUUUCUUUUUCACCUAUAUAUAGUCUUUUCUUUCUCUUUCUUUCAAAUAUAUGAAACCUCUUCUCUUUCUUCCAAAUAUCUGCAGUGCUUUUUCUUUCUUUUUUCACCUGUAUAUAUCUUUUCUUUCUCUUUCUUUCAAAUAUAUGAAACCUCUUCUCUUUCUUCCAAAUAUCUGCAAUGCUUUUCUUUUUUUCACCUAUAUAUAGUCUUUUCUUUUCUCUUUCUUUCAAAUAUAUAUAGCUCUUUCUUUUUCAUCUCAGCUCUUUUCUUUUUUCUUCUUUUUUUUUCUUUCAAAUAUAUGAAACCUCUUCUCUUUCUUCCAAAUAUCUGCAGUGCUUUCUUUCUUUUUCACCUGUAUAUAGUCUUUUCUUUCUCUUUCUUUCAAAUAUAUGAAACCUCUUCUCUUUCUUCCAAAUAUCUGCAAUGCUUUCUUUCUUUUUCACCUAUAUAUAGUCUUUUCUUUCUCUUUCUUUCUUUCAAAUAUCUCUUUUUCUUUUUUCCAGCUUUCUUUCUUUCUUUUUCUUUCAGCUGCCAAAAGACUUUCCUCUUUCUUUCUGGUUAUGUUUAUAUUUUUACUUACACAUAUGCCGGCAAAAGUAUAAAGCUACUCAGAAUAAAGAAUCUACAAUUACAACCAUGA